UCAACGUUUGUGUUUCGUUCGUCACUUGUUCUCAAUUUUUUUUUUUAAUUCCAAAAAAAAAAACUUUAUUUCAAAAAACAAAAAAAGGAGGAAAAAAUUACCACUUUUGUUUUUUUUUUUGUGCUAAAUUGAAAAUGAAAAAUUUUGGCGGGAAAAAUUUUUUUUUUUUUUUCCACCUAUAAUUUUGAGUGAUUUUUGUUAAUUUAAUUUGGGGAAAAAGAAUAAUAAUAUGGAAAUAUAAAUUUUUGUGUGUGGUAUUAUUGAGAGAGUGAGAGAGAGAGAGAAGAGGGAGGGGAGGGAGAGAAAUUUUGCAACCAGACUGAAACUGGGAUUGCCGCAUAUACAGCGGACCUACAAAAUGGCUGCCCGUCGGGCUUCGAGAAUGUUGGAUGAGAAGAGUUUCGUGUGUAAACUGUUAAACAACCAUAUCGAAAAGUGUUUCAGCCAGAAUGUGAAUGUCUAGGUCCUCACUCACUUGGAUGGUGGGGGAGGUGAUAAAUAUGAGUUAAAUCCCCAUCAUCAUCAUCAUAAUCAUCAUCAUCAUCAUCAAGAAAUGGAUGAACAAGAAUCCGGUGAUGACACAUGGUCGUCAUGGUUUUUGGAUGCGAUUCGUAAAAUUCGUAGUCAAAAACAAAGGCCAAGUGUUGAAAGAAUAUGUCAUGCAAUUCGGCAACAUCAUAAUUUUCAUGAGGAAGAAAUUGCUGAACAUUUGGAAGUUGCAGUGAAACGUGGUGAUGUUUUGAAAAUAUUUAAUAAAGGUCAAUCGUCAUAUAAAGAUCCAGGUGGUUUGCAGGCACGACCACUUAAAGUUCAAAGUAAUACUGAUUUGUCAAAAAUAAUUGGUAAAGCAGUGCGUGAACUUGGCGAACGUGAUGGUUCAACGUUAAAAAGUAUUGAAAAAUAUUUACGACAAAGUCAUACGGUUGAAGAGGAAAUUGAUGGUGAUUUAAGAACGGCAUUGAGAUUAUCGGCUAAAAGAUCUGUUGAUCGUGGUAUUGUUAAUCAAGAUGGUAGACUUUUUAGGCAACCCGAUCGACAGGCGUGUACGACAAAGAAGAAUAAUGAGGCUGCUUCGGUUGAGGGUUCAAUUAAGUUACCAGCACCGUUGCCAAUAUGUAAGGAGUGUUUAGCGGCAACAGCCGGAAAUAAUAAUAAUGGAAAACGCGGUGCUAAUUCAACAACAACGAAUUCGUCAUCAUCAGCAGCAGCAUCGGAAAAACUUAGCCGUUGUAAUAUUUGCGGUGCGGCAUUACAUCAUUCUUGUGCACCGGCUGAACUUGCAUUACUUGUCGAUAGAGGUGCAACAUGGUCAUGCGACGAUUGUUCACCACGUUGUUCCGGUUGCCAAACUGAUCGUGAAUCACAAAAUUAUCUUGUGAAAUGUGCCGCGUGCAUUAAAUGCUAUCAUCCAUCGUGUUUAGAUCCUGGUAUUGAUAAAAAAAGUAAAGCACCAUGGCGAUGUCGACAUUGUCAAACAACUCAUACACCUAAAAAUGAUACAACGACAACGACGACGACGUCGUCGGCAAGAAAACACAAGGGACAAGAUAAUCAUCAUCAACAAUCUGAUAUUACAACAACGCCAACGAGCGCGAGGAAAAAAAUUAAUAAAAUACGAGAAAAUCGAAAAUCCAAUGUAUCGAGAAAGAGUUUGGCAUCAUCAACAACAACAACAACAACAAUGACGACGACGACGACGACAUCGUCGACGACAACAACUCCAGGAAAAAAGAGCAGUCCUCAGGUGGCUCAGGUGGACACGUGCUCGGACGGUAAUGCGGGUGUUGUCUCCCCUCGUCAACCAAUUUCUAAUUCCUCUCCCUUAAUCCAAAAUCCAAAUCCCAUCACUACCAUCAACACCACUACCACCGCAACAUCAACAGCUGCAGCAAUUAAUAGCGCCAACGUUGGUGGUGGUGGUGGUGGUGUUAGUGGCGGUGGUUCCAAUCAGGGUCGACUUUUAGAAGAGAAAAAUGACAAAAUCUCAAAGGAGAAACAAAAAUUUUUCAGGUUAUCCGCAUUUAAUGCCGAUCACAAUAAAUUAAAACGUGGUACAAUUCAAACAAAUGAAAAACAAAAAAUAUUAAUCAAAAAUACAAGAAAAGAAUCGUCAAUGUGUAAUAAAAAAAUUAAUUUACCAACAAGAAGAAUUCAAUUGUCAAGCAGUAGUAGCAGUAGCAGUAGUAGCAGCAGUGAUAAUUCAAGUUCAAGCGACAGUAGCGAAAAGGAAAAUGAUGGAACAAGUGAUGAAUCAUCAUCAUCAUCUGAAGAAGAAGAAGACGAAGAAGAAGAAGAGGAAGAAGAAGGAGAAGAGGAACAAGAACAAAAACAAGAAAAGGGUAAAAUUCGUCAAAAAUCAAAACAACCAUUCAGUUGUGAUUUAAAUGAAGAUAAACCCUGGGGAUUUGCAGCAGCAGCAGCAAAAUUAACAGUUGAAUCACCAUUUUUUAGUAAUAUUACAAGUACAUUUGGUGCAACAUUACCAAAACUUGAUUUAAACGAUAAACCAACAUUUGGCCUUCACAUACAACCGGCAGCAAGUCCUCCAAAUUCAUCAAAAUUAACGCAAAAAGGAAAAAAUAAUAAAAAAUCCCCCGAGACGGAAAUUACAAAAGUAAAACCCGGCUCGGGACAAUUAAAAGGUCUUUUUGAUGGUCUCAGUCAUUUUUUUUCAACGCCAAGUAAUAGUCGAACUAAGCCAGGUGCAACGCCACCUAAUUAUGCUCCGGAUCGAAGAAAACGUUGCCAAGACGAUAAUUCAUCUGGCUUCAAAGAAAAAAUUGCAAAUGAUGACAAAAUUUUCAAAAAUAAUGGAAAAACAACAAGGGAAAAACGAGAAAAAGAAGAAAAAAAUAAGGGAAAAAUUUUAAUGAAAGAUAGAAGGAAAAACGAUCGCUGGAAACGAGAUGAAGACGAAGAAGAUGACGAAGAGGAAGAUAAUGACGAAGAAGAAGAAGAAGAAGACGAGGAAGAAGAUAAAGAAACGAAGAAAAAAGAAAAUAAAGCGAAUAAUAAAGAAACAGAAGCAAAACAUAAAGAAAAAGAAGCUAAAAAUAAAGAAAAAGAAGCUAAACAUAGAGAAAAAGCAGCUAAAAAUAAAGUAGAUGAAGAAGAUGACGAAGAUAACAAUGGAGAAGAAAAAGAAGAAGAAGAAGAAGAAAACGAUGAAGAAGAAGAAGAAGAAAGCAACGAAGAAGAAGAUAAAGACGAAGAAAAAGGAAAAAGAAAGGAGAAAACUAGGGGAAAAUUCUUCAAGGAAGCUAGAGAAAAAGUCCUAAAAGAAACUAGGGAAAAAAUUACCAAGGAAACUAGGGAAAAAGUCCCAAAAGAAACUAGGGAAAAAGCUCCAAAAGAAACAAGGGAAAAAGUUCCAAAAGAAACUAAGGAAAAAUUUCCAAAAGAAACUAAGGAAAAAUUUUCAAAAGAAAUUAAGGAAAAAAUCCCUAAGGAAACAAGGGAAAAAUAUCAAAAAGAAAUAAGGGAAAAAAUUUCAAUGGAAAAAAAUUCCAAAGAAUGUAGGGAAAAAAUACCUAUGGAAAAAAUAUCUAAUAGAGAAAAAAUCCCUAAAGAAACGAGGGAAAAAAUUCCUAUGGAAAAAAUAUCUAAUAGAGAAAAAAUACCUAAAGAAACUAGGGAAAAAAUUCUUAAGGAAAGUAUUGAAAAAAUCCCCAAGGAAAUUAGGGAAAAAGCUAUCAAUGAAAUUAGGGAAAAAAUAACUAAAGAUAGUAAAUUCCCUAGGGAGAAGCAGAAGAAUGAUGAGAAAAAUGAGAUUCAAAGGGAAAAAUCACUAAAGGAAAUACAAAAAGAAUUAUUGAGGGAAAAAUCCCUAAGGGAAGGGGAAAAAAAUCAAAAGGAAAAAUUAUUAAUACAAAAAGAAGUUGAACGAAAUUAUCAAGGUAGGGAAAAAUCGCUUAAGGAAUUGCAAAAAGAAUUAUUGCGUGAAAAAGCGAUAAAGGAAUUGGAAGCGGAAAAAAAGAGAAUCGAAAGGGAAAAGGAAAAAGAAGAAAAGGAGAAGGAAAAAGAAAAAAGGGAAAAGGAAAAGGAAAAAGAAGAAAAUGAGAAAAAAGAAAAGAGGAAUAAGGAGAAAAUUCGGGAACAUGAGAAGCCAAUUAGGAACGUUAAGGAAAAGCCAAUAAAGGACAAACCGCCAAAGAAUAACGAACCUGGAAUUUCUUCUUCUUCUUCUAAUUUUUCUGCUAUUUCUUCUUCCUCUUCUUCUUUUUCUUCUAUUUCCCCCUCUACUUCUUUUUCAUCAUCGCGAAAAAAACCCACCGAUGAAAUAAAAGAGCCACGAGUUCCAAAACCGGGAAUAUUUACACCAUCGGAUGAGAGUUUAUUUGUCAUUGAUAAACCCGUGGCAAAAAUGACGCCAUCGAGUCUAGUGAAAACUGCAGUCAACAGUAAACGACAUGAGCAUGAACGAAGAAAAAUGUUAAAAGGCGCCGAUGGAUUAUCAAUGAUUAAAUGCGAACAAAAUGAGCUACAAUCAUCGACAUCUUUUCCUUUAAGAAGAAAAAAUUCAAUGGAAAAUAAUAAUAGUAAUAUUAAUCAAAAUCGUCAUCCUGAUCCUACAUUGAAAUCUCCACAAUUUUCCAUAACCAAUAAAUCCAAAUCCAAUCCACGUAAUAGCGCUACUACUACUACCACCACCACCACCACUACCACCAACACCACCACGACACCCCGCGCGACACCCUGCUCCACCAGGAAGGAUGAAUUGGUAUUACCACAAACAUUACCAUCGGGUGUCACGCAAAAAGAUGUUGAUCUUUUUAAAGAGGCACGUGAUCGUGCUAAUCAUUUGACAACAACCACUGAAGAUGUGGAAAUGACAAAAACGACAAUGUCGUCAGCAACGACGACAACAACAACAGCAACAACAACAGGAACAACAACAACAUCGGCGACAGCAAAUUCCGUAAGUCCCGGUGGUACGGGUCCCGGUAUAGGAAGUCGUAAUCCAGCCGCAAUUGUAUUUGGACGCUAUGAAGUUGAAACAUGGUAUUCGAGUCCAUUUCCUCAGGAGUACGCGAGACUACCAAAGCUCUUCUUUUGCGAAUUUUGCCUCAAAUAUACAAAAAGUCGAGCCGUACUCGAUAGGCACAUGGACAAAUGCCAAUGGAGGCAUCCGCCCGCAACCGAAAUUUAUCGAUGCAAUGGAUUAUCAGUAUUCGAGAUUGACGGUAAUGUGAACAAGAUUUAUUGUCAAAAUCUUUGUCUAUUGGCAAAAUUAUUUUUGGAUCAUAAAACAUUAUACUAUGAUGUUGAGCCAUUUUUAUUUUAUGCAGUGACAAAAAAUGAUAAACACGGUUGUCAUUUGGUUGGUUAUUUUAGUAAAGAAAAACAUUGUCCCGCUCAACGUUAUAAUGUCUCAUGUAUAAUGACAUUACCACAAUAUCAACGGCAGGGUUUUGGUAGGUUUCUCAUUGAAUUUAGUUAUUUAUUAUCAAAAGUUGAAGGUAUACCGGGAACACCUGAGAAACCAUUAUCAGAUCUUGGCCGCGUAUCAUAUCAUUCAUUUUGGAAAAGUGUUGUACUUGAAUAUUUAGAUUCUCAUCGUGAUUCAAAGGACAUUAAAUUAAAUGAUAUUACAAGUGAAACUGGUGUUUCGGGACAUGAUAUUGCAACAGCAUUUCAAUUAUUGGGUUUUUUGAGAUCAGUCGUCACUGAGACGACGACGACGACGACGACAACAAUGACAACGGCGACACAGGAUAAUAAUAGACAAGUAAAAAUUGUUAUUGAUUGGAAUAAAGUUGAUAUACAUAUGGCAAAAGUGAAAAAAACAUUGAGAAUAAAAUUAGAGCCCGAUUGUUUAAGAUGGAUUCCAUUAUUGACACAAAUUCCAAAUCCAUAUACAAGUUUGGAUGAUGGUGAAACAACAAGUGAUGGUUCACCACUUAUUGAAUUGAAACCAGUGCCAACGAUUGUGGAAAAAAUACAACGUGUUAAAAUAAAGAAAAAACCACGUGGUCGUAAAAAUUUACAAAGAAGAUCAUUGAAAUCAAAAACGCCGCAAAAAAAUACUCUGUUAAAAUCAUUGAAAGAAGUAAAGGAAGUGAAAGAAGUGAAAGAAGUGAAAGAAGUGCCAAAAGAAUGUGAUGAAUUGAAGAGUACAAGAAAUUCACGGAAACAAAUAACGCCUAAAUUGCCAAAGACACCGACAACGCCGCCAUUAUUUUCCGCCUCUGGUCGAAGAAUGAGAAGAUCAAAAGCACCGCUGGAGACAACGACACCAAUUUUGGCAACAACGCCAACAAGUUCGUUAACACCGUUGAGAAAACGGAAACAUUCGGAAAAAACUGAUUUAGAAGAGGAGGAAUUAACGAGUCGAAAACGUACCCGCGAAUCAUUGAGGGAUGAGAAAAUAAGGGAGAAAGAGGAGAAGAUUAAGGAAAAGGAGGAGAAACUGAAAGAGAAGGAGAGGGAGAAGGAGAAAUUGAAGGAGAAGGCCCUGAAGGAGAAAGAGGAGAAGGCCAAGGAACGUGAGGAGAAACUAAGAGAAAAAGAGAAGGAAAAGGAGAAGGAGGAAAAAUUGAAGGAGAAGAAAAAAGAGGAGAAGAAAGAGAAAUUAAAAAUUAAGGAACAAAAUCGAAAAAACGAGGAAAAGGAACCUAAGGAAAAGGAAAAUGAAAUUGAAUCUAUUCCAAAAUCCAUCAAAAAACAAAGUAAACUCGAUGAUAUACUUCGUAAAGUCACGAGUCGUCAGACAAAAUAUCUACAGGCAAAACUCGCUAAAGAAAAGAAGGAGAAUCAAUUGGAUAAUUGUAAUGGUAGUGAAAAACCCAAAGAGUCAACAACACCGAAACGUGUACGUAAAAUUGAAAUAUCCAAAACUCCAGAACCUGUUUCUCCAAUUCCCACUAUUGAAUCCCUUCCCGAGGAGACAACAAUAGACGCAAAUCCAGAAUCAGUGCCAAUUCCCGUUGAAACGGAGAUUUCAGCAAGUCCAGGUGAAUACGAAGGUGGCGAUGAGGACGAGGGCGAGGAGGAUGAUACAAUUCCAAAACCACGUGAAGAAUCACCAGAGAAAAAAAUCAUCGAAGAAGAAUUAGAAGAAGAAGAAGAGAAGGGUGAAGAACCAAUGCAACUUGAACCCGAGUAUGAAAAACCCGAGCCAAUGGAGGAAGAGGAGGAUGUCGAAGAGGAAAAAAUAGAGGAAAAAAUUCCUGAAGUGACCUUAAAUACGGAGAAAAUGAUUUUGGAAACAGUUGAAGAAAAAGAAUCAGAAACAACACCGCUUGUUGAUAAUCCAAGUUCUGUGAAACGUACCCCACCAUCGCAGCCCGAUCUUCCUUCAAUGGGUGUUUAUACACCUGAUUCGACGACAAAUUCAGUUCAUUCGUUACACUACGGACAAUGUGAUUUGGAUGUUAGUCAAUUGGGUUUAGAAUCACCUACAUCAAUAGCAAGUGAUCUUGCUUCGCAAAAUAGUGUUGAACGUCCACCAAGUGCAUUGCCGGCAAUGCAGAGUGUUCCCAUGCAAAUUUCUGUACCUGUUAUAUUACCGAAUCAGUAUGAUUGUUCGGUUCAACAGCAGCAGCAGCAGCAAUCAUCUUCGGCUUCUUCACAUGUGACAAUUCAUUCGAUGCAUCAAAAUCUACAGCAACCGCAUACGCCGCAAACGAUACAGCAGCCAAGAACACCGCAAUCGCACACUCCGCAGAGUAUUUCGACUCAGAGUCCGCAGCCAUUGCCUCAGAGUCAUACGCCUCAACCGCAAAUUCCUGCGGCUCAACCGAUGCAGAGUCACACGCCUCAGCCAAUGCAAAGUCACACGCCUCAGCCAAUGCAGUGUCAUACGCCGCAGCCAACAAUUCCGCAGAGUCAUACGCCUCAGCCGACGAUUCCGCAGUGUCACACUCCGCAACCGACGAUUACGCAGAGUCAUACGCCUCAACCAACAAUUCCGCAGAGUCACACUCCGCAACCGACAAUUACGCAGAGUCAUACGCCGCAACCGUCAAUUCCACAGAGUCGUACGCCGCAGCCAACAAUUCCGCAAAGUCAUACACCGCAACCGACAAUUCCACAGAGUCACACUCCGCAGCCAGCGAUUCCGCAGAGUCAUACGCCACAACCAAUGCAGCAGCAUUCGCAAAAUAUUCCAAUACACAGUCCACAACCGCAAAUGACGACGCAGAAUCAUGCAACGCAACCAAUGCAAUUGUCAUUGCAGCAGAAUCAAAGUAUUUCGAGUCAUAGUCAACAGCAGCAGCAGCAGCAGCAGCAGCAGCAACAACAACAACAGCAACAGCAACAACAGCAGCAGCAGCAAAGUCAACAUCAACAACAGCAAUCACAUUCGCAUAGCAGUAAACGUGCCAGUGGAUCGCAAACAACUCAUAGAUCGAGAUCAAAUCAACAGAGCAGAUCACAUCGUGCAACGCCACCAACGCCACAUACUCAAAGCUCGCAACAUUCAUCGUCAACUAUUGUCCCACCGCCUCCUUCUCACAAUAGUCAUUUACCACCACAAUAUCAACAGUCAUCAUCAAUGACAGUCCCCACAGUACCACAUCCACACAGUCACAGUCAUGCUGCACAUUCACACAAUAUGGCAGUAAUAAGCCAAGGUAAUUACAUGACUGUUGCCUCACAACCAUUUCCCACUCAAAACACUUAUGUUAUACAACAUCGUGGCGGUAGAUCAGUACCAACACCAUGUACAACAGCGACAAAUUUUUACAUUCAAACAAGUUCAAUGCCCCAUUCACAUACACCAUCGCCUUCAUCAUUGACCGGAAGUGGUGGUGGUGGCGGCGGUGGUGGUACUUCCGGUGGUUCAAGUAUAACAGGAACAGCCGGUGGUGGUAGUUCCGGUGUUCAUCAAACAACGAAUUCUUGUAGUCUCGCAAAACUACAACAAUUAACAAAUGGCCUCGAUAUGAUUCCACCAACGGCGCCACCGCCCGGUAUGAAUCUAUCGCCACCACCUUCAUUGGCACACACAAUGACACCACCACAAUCAUCAAGACAACUAUCAACACCACCACAAGUUCCAUUAAGCUAUGCUAAAAAUUAUUAUAAUGUGAAUACAGUAUCGCCGGGUGCACCAUCAGUUGUUGGUCCAACGAGUAGUCGUUCAACAAGUAGUCGUUCAUCGGUGAAUAGUAAUACAAUGUCAUCAUUGGGACAAUCAUAUGCAAGUGAAAGUCUCUAUAGACAAACACUUGAUCCAUCUGGUAGUUGUCCACAAAUGCAAAGUGCCGCAAGUCGUGUUAGUUCUAAUGUUGCAUUAAAUACAAAUCUCAUGGCAGCAGCUCAAUAUGGUUAUCGUGUUGCACAACCAACAACUGGUUAUAUGAAUCAAGCGGCACAAUUGGGUGGUUUUAUGAAUCAGGCAAGUCAAUUGCCUGUUGGAGUUGUUAAUGUACCAGCGCCCUAUUCACAGGAUCCACAUCAACAAAAUCCAGCCGCUGUCUAUACGACUUAUCAUAGUUAUAUUAAUGGCAGUUUAAUGCAACCAUUGAAUAGCACCAUGAGACCGCGUUAAAUUUUUUUUCCCAAGGCAUAAAAUUUCUUUUUUUUUUUCUUUUUUGGUAUUAUUCCUCAGCCAAGGGGCCAAAAAUAAAUCGUAAAUUAGGUUUUUUUCGGGAGCGCACCAACCUGACCUUUGCCGAUUUUAAUAAAAGUUGGUAUUUUCAUUUGUAGUGGUACCACUGACACGUGGGUGGAAUAUAAACAUCCACUUUUCAGAGGUUUUGAAAAAAAAUGCGAUUUAAAAUUUUUAGCAGUUAAUAAAGGCCGCGAAAUAUUUAAAAUCGCAUUUUGGACGAUUUUAACGGUAAUUUUUUUUUUUUAUAGUGGUACCACUGACACGUCGGUGGAAUUUAAACACCUAAUUUUCAGCCGUAAUGAAAAAAAUGCGAUUACAAAUUUUUUGUCGACCGAAAAAAUUCGAAAUUACCGUUAACGGCGGUAAAAAAUGUAAAAUUGGAUUUUUUUCAAAACGGCUUGAAAGUGGGUGUUUAUAUACCAUACCCGUGUCAGUGGUACCAUCAUAAAUUAAAAUACAAUGUUUCGUUAAAAUCGGCAAAGGUCAGGUUGGUGCGCUCUUGUAAAUUUUGUUCUUUUUAAAAUUAAAUCUUAUGCCAAAAAAACAAUUCAAAUUCAAUUUUUGCUCUCUCUCUCUUUUCUCAAGGAGGGAUUUUAUUAUUUUUUAUUUUUUAAUGGAACGACUCCGCAAAGUCGGCACUUGUGAUAGAAGGAUCAGUACACAUAACCUAUAAGAUGACUCCUCGAUUUAUAUAUAUAUAUAUAUAUAUAUAUAUAUUUUUUUUUUUAGAAUAUAGACGAAGUAGAUUUUAGACGUUUUUUGCCCACAGUAUUUCGUCCCCUAUACACACACACACACACACUCUCUCUCUCUCUCUCUCCCCUCUUCUCCAUUAGUUGAGAAAAAUUGAGAUUUUUUUUCCCCCUUUCUUUUGUUUUAAUUGUCAAUUGUCAGGUUUUACUGUUUAAAAAAAUUUUAAUUUGUUUUUUUUUUCAAUUUAGCAAUUUCGAUCGGUAAAGUAGAUUUGCAAUUUUAACCUCAAAAAUGACUAUUUUGCUCAAUUUUUUUUUUCUGCAAAAUAAAUUUGAAAAGUCGAUUUAUUAACUUCAAAAUAAAAAUGAUUUUAUUUCUAUUAAGAAGAAUAUAACCUCAAAAAAAAAAAAUAUAUAUAUAUAUAUAUAUUUUGCGUAAUAUUUUUCAUGGGAAAUAAAUUUGAAAAGACGGUAAAGUAGAUUUAUUAACCUUUAAAAUAAAAACGAUUUUAUUUCUAUUAAGAAGAAUAUAACCUCAAAAAAAAAAAAAAUAUUUUGCGCUAUAUUUUUCAUGGGAAAUAAAUUUGAAAAGACGGUAAAGUAGAUUUAUUAACCUCAAAAUAAGAAAAAAAAAUUUCUUUCUAUUAAGAAUAAUAUAACUUUAAAAAUAAUUUUUUUUUCGUAAACAAAAAAAAAUGAAUAAUCGAAAAAUUACACUCAUCAAAUUUGAUUAUAAAUUUAAUUAAAUUUUUUAUUAAAAAAAAAAUUGUACAAAAAUUAUAAAAAUAUAUAUAGAAAAUAUAUUAAUAAAAACCAAUUUUUUUUUACGAAAUUUGGAAAAAAAAAUUUCUUUUAUUUAUUUAAAAUUUUUUUUUAAUAUUCUUAAAUUUUUUUAAAUUAUUUUGAUUGAAAAAAAAAAUUCAAUAAUAUUUAUAAAAUGACGAGAGACAAUUUUGAAUUUAAAAACAAUUUGAAUUUAUAAGAAUUAAUGCAUUUAGUAGUAUUUUCCUUUUUUUUAACAAUAUUAUCCCUCGAAUUAACAUUUUUAGGGCAUUCUCUCUCUCUUUUUACCUCCCUCCCUCCCCCCUUCCCCUCACCCCGACAGUGUUACGUUUUGUGUAUGAUAAUAUUUAUAAAAAAAAAAAAUAAAAAAAAAAAUAUGCUUACAAUAUUAAAAAAAAAGCGGACUAGCGUAAUGUGAAAAAAUAUAUUAAUAAUAAUAAUAAUAAUAAUAAUAAUAAUAAUAAUAAUAAUAAAUAAUAAAUAAUAAUUCACAUCACGAGAGUCCGACUUAUUCUCUGUUUUUUGAUAUUAUCAAUUGUUAAAAACAUUGUUGUUUACGUUUUCGGGGCACUUUGUACUUUACUGUAUUAUACAAGAAGAAAACAAAAAAAAUAAUAAUAAUAAUAAAUAAAUAAAUAUAAAAUAAAAAAUAAUAUUAUUAUAAUAAUUAUAAUAUAAUUGCUCCUGUAACGAUAACGAUUAUAUUUAAUUAUCGUCAGAAGUUAAGAAAAAAAAAAAAAAAAAAAAAAAAAAAAAAAAAAAAAUUACACUUUAUAUUUUACCCCUCUGUACAAGAAAAAAAACACAUACACUAUUCUGUCGCUUACUUUUUAUUAUUUUUAAUCUAAUGCGAAAAAAAAUUGUUUUAAAAAAAUUUUCAAGGGCACAUUUUUUUUUCUCUGUGUUUUUUAAUUAAAAAAAAAAGUGUAUAGAAAUUAAAAAAAAGAAAAAAAAAAAAAGCCAAGAAAUGUUCUGCAAAUUGUCACUCUCCACCUUUCGCAAAGCGUUGAAAAUUAUUUUUUUGUACAUUGACACGAGAGAAUGGGAGACUGAGAGAAAAAAAAAAUUUUUUUUUUGAAAAAAAAGAAAAGUAAAAAAAAAAAUUGAAUAUGUGAAUUUUGUGCGUUUUUUGUGUGUGUUAGAAAGAGAAAAAAAGAGAAAGAGAGAGAGAGAAAUUGCCUAAUAUAACUUAUAUCUUCGAAUUUUUGAGAGAGAGUGAGAAAAAAAAAAAAAAUUGUAUGGUGCUUCUUCCAUAAGUACUUGAAUCGAUUUUAUAGAUUGAUUUCAUUUUUGGUGACAUUUUGCGGAAUACGGCUACGAGAUAAGUAAUAUAAUAAAAUAUUAAUAUUUGUAUUAUAAAAUAUAUUUAUAAUAUAAUAAUAAUUUUAUAUUAUAAUAAUUAUUUAUAAUUUUAUAUCAAAAUUAUAUAAUAUUAUAAUAAUUAUAUAAAAUUAUAAUAAUUAUUUUAUAACAUAUAUUAUAAAUAUAUUUAUAAUACACUCGUUGGAGUUAAUUUUUUUUGUUUCAUUUUUUUUUUUUUUUUUUUUUUUUUUUUUUUCCAAAACGAAAAACACGACGUGACGGCGAGUCGUUUUUUUUUUUAGCAUAAUUUCUAAAUUGUAAGUAACUUCUUCUAAGAUAUAGUGUAAAAAUACAUCAAUAUUUAUUGUACAUAGUUAUAAAAAAAAAAAAAAAAUACUAACAAAUAAAAAGGAAAUCAUAAAUAUCA